CACCGCGGACGAACGAAGGAAAUAAAGACAGAGAGAGAGAGAGAGAGAGAGAGAUAAAACGUUCCGGUGCCGCUUCGUGAGGCUGAGGGAAAUUACUUUUAUACGGAGCCGACGGCAUUGGAUUUGGCGUUUGGAGCGUGAGAGAGCUUGUGGGUUGUGUGUGGCCGACGCGGAAGAAGCGCUUUCUCUCUUCUUCUGCUUUUCGUGCGAAAAUUCCUUGCUUGCGCAGUGUUUGACUUUGAAGGCCCGAGUCACCCAGUGUGGUGGUGCGAAGAACCGCAGAAAGCGCAAUGACCGCUUGACGAAUAGGCGGAUAGGUGUUUGGGCGAAGGAAAACUCCGAAUCGUGCACAGAUCAGCCUCCGUCCACCGCCCUUGCACUUGUUGCGUGCUGGAAAUCUAGAUCUUCCUCUUGGAGCCGAGGUUUGAUUCAGUACUCGAGCCGCUUCCUCCUCGUGUUCUUCGCCUGAAUUCCUGAACACGACGGACGGAUCUUGUCUACUCUGCCGGUCUGAAUCUUGUUGAUUGGCGUCGGCCGGCGGUGGUUGUAGCGAGAUAUGGAAGCCGAGAAGAAAUCUUCUUCGGUGUCUGAUGUCGGGGCUUGGGCGAUGAAUGUUGUGAGUUCGGUCGGAAUUAUCAUGGCCAACAAGCAGCUUAUGUCUCCCAAUGGCUAUGCCUUUAGCUUUGGCACUCGGCGGGCUUCGGUCAGUUUAAAUUUCUGGCGUGCAACAACUUUAACCGGCUUCCACUUUGCUGUAACUGCACUGGUUGGCCUGGUGUCAAACGCUACUGGUUACUCGGCAUCAAAACAUGUUCCUUUGUGGGAGCUUUUCUGGUUCUCAAUUGUUGCUAAUAUGUCUAUUACUGGAAUGAAUUUCAGUCUCAUGCUGAAUUCUGUUGGAUUUUACCAGAUAUCAAAACUGAGCAUGAUUCCAGUGGUUUGCGUGAUGGAGUGGAUCCUUCAUAAUAAGCAUUAUUCAAGGGAAGUUAAAAUGUCUGUUGUGGUUGUGGUGGUAGGUGUUGGUGUUUGCACUGUAACGGAUGUCAAAGUUAAUGCUAAAGGUUUUCUAUGUGCCUGUGUAGCAGUAUUGUCUACAUCACUGCAACAAAUUUCAAUAGGAUCCUUACAGAAAAAGUAUUCAAUUGGGUCUUUCGAGUUGUUGAGUAAGACUGCUCCAAUUCAAGCAUUGUCUCUUCUUUUGCUGGGUCCUUUUGUUGACUACUCUCUUGGCGGAAAAUUUAUAGUGAACUACAAGAUAUCUUCGGGUGCUAUUUUCUUCAUUCUCCUUUCGUGCUGCCUAGCUGUGUUCUGCAACGUGAGCCAGUACCUCUGCAUUGGGCGCUUCUCGGCAGUUUCUUUCCAGGUUUUAGGUCAUAUGAAAACCGUAUGCGUGCUAACCUUGGGGUGGCUGCUUUUCGAUUCGGAACUGACUUUCAAGAACAUCAUGGGGAUGAUCAUUGCAGUGGUUGGCAUGAUAAUCUAUAGUUGGGCUGUGGAAGUUGAGAAGCAAGCUACUAACAAGGCCGCAUCCCAAAUAAAGAACAGCCUUACAGAAGAGGAAAUUAGGCUCUUGAAGGAGGGAGUUGAAAGCACUCCUUUCAAAGACGUGGAACCUGGGGAGAGCAAGGGGUAGGUCGACAUUGGUAUUUUGCCAUCUCGUCUCUCCUAAUUUGCUUCAUUUAUUGCUUUGUUCCAUCUCUUCGCCCACCGUCUCAUUAUCUUAUAACUUGAGUUCAUAAUCAAUGUUACUGAAUACUUGGGAGCACCCACCCUUAAUAUUUUUGUUGUCCAUCUCAUAUUUGUUUUA